AUGGCUCGCCUCCUAACCGAUCGGCAAGCCGAGGAGCUACACAAGUCCAUGAUAGCGUACCUAUUGGCGAACGAGCUACCAGACACCGCCGCGGCGCUGAGAAAGGAAGUGAACUUCGGGGAAGAUGUGUUUGACGCGAAUACGGCCAAGAAAUACCAGGGGAUGUUGGAGAAAAAAUGGACGAGCAUCGCGCGCUUGCAGAAAAAGAUCAUGGACCUGGAGUCGAAAAAUGCGGCUCUCCAGACAGAGCUCGAUAACACAACCCCCGCAUCCCGCUUAAAACGCAACCAAGAUCCGGCGACGUGGCUCCCCAGCACCAUUCGCUACUCACUAGAAUCGCACCGCGAUAAAAUCAACUGCGUCGCGUUCCAUCCCACCUUUUCUUCCAUUGCCUCCGGCUCCGACGAUUGCACGAUCAAAGUAUGGGAUUGGGAACUCGGAGAGCUUGAACGGACGCUAAAGGGCCAUACGAGAGCAGUCCGGGGGAUUGACUACGGUGGCCCGCGGGAUAAUGUUCUGCUAGCAUCCUGCAGCUCCGACCUGUCUAUUAAGUUGUGGAAGCCGACGGACAAUUAUAAGAAUAUUCGCACGCUGCAAGGCCAUGAUCAUAUUGUCAGCGCUGUCCGUUUUAUGCCCUCGGGGAAUUUGCUCGUUAGCGCAAGCAGAGACGCAGACAUGAGAGUCUGGGACGUCACAACCGGGUACUGUGUGAAGACCAUCUCCGGCCAUACCGGCUGGGUGCGGGAUAUCUGUCUCUCGUUUGACGGAAAGCACCUUCUCUCUACGGGACAUGAUAUGGUCACUCGGUUAUGGGAUAUCUCUACUAUAUCAAAUACAGAAAUGAAACGAACGAUGAUUGGCCACGAAAACUUUAUUGAUUGCUGCGCUCUUGCCCCGCCUGCUUCAUAUCAAUUCCUCGCGCCCUUGGCUGGGCUGGGGAAACGCCCUUCCACAAGUGGCGCGGACUUCAUGGCGACGGGGUCCCGAGACAAGACGAUCAAGGUAUGGGACGCUCGCGGGACCUGUCUGAUGACGCUAGUGGGCCAUGACAGCUGGGUCCAGGCGCUUGUCUUCCACCCGGGGGGCAAAUAUCUCCUGUCGGUAUCGGAUGACAAGACCCUACGAUGCUGGGACCUGAGCCAGCAAGGAAAGUGCGUGAAGACGAUCGAAGCUCACGAAGGCUUCGUCACCUGUCUGAGAUGGGCUCCAGGAGUCACCAAGACUGCUCCCGGCGCAGAUGGUAGUGCACCUGAGGGUGAGGGGAGCAAUGUUGAGUUACGCUGUGUUGUUGCAUCAGGGGGAUGGGAUCGGACGUUAAAGAUUUUUGCAGGCUGA